AUGGGAUCAUCAUUGGAAGUGUUUGUCUUGGGCGGCUGGUUGAUUGUCCUGGUGAUGCAUCAGUUGGUCAUCCAGCCCAAGACACUUCGUGUGAAGCUACUGAGCUGCAAUUCGUUCUGCGCCCAGGCGCAGUGGAACAGACGAGCACUGGAAAGCAAUCAAAGCCUCAUUACGAUCACCAGGCGAUUUUGUUUCGAUGGAAGUGCGAAAGCGAAAUUGCGCAGUGCUACUUGGAAUCGUGAGCAUCCUUAUGAGAAGAUUCAGCCAGGUUACCAGAUAAAUUCAGUCAAUGGAGUGGGAGCUAGCGGUGACAUGAUUAAUGAGCUUGAUGCCGAUGUCCUGAACGUGACUUUGGUAAUGGCGCAUGCUGGCAGAGGAGAUGAUGUGUUGGAUGAGAGGGCACGACCGUUCUCCUAUGCUUACACGAGAUUGCAACGAUGGCCCGGAUCCGCCGUGAAGUGGAGCUUCACACAGCCAUGGUUGAGUUGGUUCUACGAUGUGUACUUCCACCAUGAAGCUUGGCUUCGCAAGAAGUCAGGCUCUUCGGCAAUGCAGGAGAGCUCGAGAAGAGAUGCCACGCUGGCCGCCCUGUUUGUUCUCUCCAUGCUGAAGGGUGCAGCUCCGCCCCCUGCCGCCGCGUUGCGCCACGAGUACUGCGCGUACAACAGCCACGUGGCACACAGUACGUACAGCGGUCAGACGCCAGCUGCGACCGACGCCGCUGUCGCGGCCGCGGAGAAGACAUGGCCAGAGCACGCAGAAGACCGCAUCAUGACCCACGUCCCCAGCUACCAGUGGCGCACUGCGCGCCCAUGCAAGGACACCGCUGAAGCAAAGCAAUGGCAACAAGAGUACAUGGAAGAAGAUGUCGUACAGUUGCAAACUUUGAAGCAACACCACAUCCACCCAGUGUCUCUGGAGACCGGUGAGCGUAUGCCACUCAAAGGCUGCCAAAAGGAAGACCGAAAAGGCCGACGAAAUCGCUUGGGCGCGUUGCAUGGGCCAUAUGUGCACGCGUUCCUGAACCCAUGUCAUCCGGCCAUCUUAGCGAGCAUGCGUGGGGGCAACAACGACGUACAAGUACCGUACCGGCUUCCGUACGCGUGUGCAGACUGCGGUAGCACCAUGACACCCGAGGAGCGCCGCGCAAUUGCGUUGGGGGCACAAAGAGCGCAGGAUGCACAAACAGGCUACUGUAGCGACUACUGCUCCAAGAAUCAGCCGAUGGGAUUUCACGAAAUCAAAGAGUUCCAGAAAGGCCACAUGGCGCUCCACGCAGCCGUAGCGGAGAAAGACGUGCAAACCAUAGGCAAAAGACACGCAACCCGUUUCCUCAGCGACGCCUACUGUAAAGGAGUGGUUCGGGGACAAGUCGAAUGUUGCAACUUGCGGGCAAACCAUCGCGAGGGACAAAUCGUCGCAGCGGAGCGAAUCUCAACCGCAGGUUUCGUGAGCUUUCCUGGCAAAGCGUACGUUGCUCUCUUGGAGGCCUUGGAUCGAGACGCCGACCGGCAGGUGCCACCCCAGAAGUAUACCCGUACGAAGGCUGCGCCUGGAACAGGAGCGCAACACUGGCGCGAAAGCGUCCCGGCCGAAGCCUAUGGACACCGCCCCCUACAGUCGGAAGUCUGGUGGUUAUCCCCAUAUGAGUUGACAAUGUAUUGGGAGAUCGUGCCAACGCGUGUUCCUUACUGCCGCGCCGAGUGGGACGCAGCGCCCGUCACUGCCUGGGACGUGCGGCUCACACCCGCGGGCCAUCACAAGUUAUUGGCCCCCCCGGUCGACGCGCCGGCACGCUUGCGACCCGGUGCCCACUACACAGUUUGCUUGGACCCAAGCUCAGAUCGGAUUCUUUUCUCCGCCGCGGGCGCCACGGCAAGCUUGCGGCGCAAUUGGUAUCUGCAACGCCGUCGACGGCCGAAGUGCCCACACUUUGCCGAGAGCCCCGUCCCCAAGGGCUUCGCUGAGAACGCAGAGGGCAACGCGCGGUUGACCCAAGUGUAUUUUCGAGCUUGGACGCUGAACGCCACACAAGCGACGGACAGCAUUCCUUUUCUAGGCCACUUGCGCGGCGAGAAUGAGUCCUGGGAAGCCUCCUUACGGCGCUGGCUGCGUCGGUUACCGUGCGCCGAAACGAAGCGACACGUCGGCAACUUUCUUUCCGUGUAUCGCGUGCGACCCAGCGCCGAAGCAGACGGGAAUAGCGACGACGACGGGGCGGACGAGCCGUUUGUGUUGACUCCGGCGCAUCUACCAGGGGCGCUUCGCACCCAACUGCCCGCGCGCUCGCACCGCAGCGGUCCAGCCCACAACGACGACCGCGCCCAUCGUGUCGACGCAGUGGUGCAGCAAGCCGACGCCCUGUGGUCGACGCCCGUCGCCGCGGACGCGUCGACGCGCGCAACACCGCACGCGUACGCCGACGUGUCGCCCGACGCCGUGCGCAAAGCAGCGCGUAUCCACGCAACCAAGCAACGCCCCAUGCCCGCGCCGGAUGACCAGUCCGCCGCCGUGCAGCUCACGCCCGAGAAGACCAAGGAAGCCGUGCAAACGUGGCUUACCGAACUGGCAAUGAAGGAAGACUCACGGUGGCCCCGGCACCGGGAAAUCGCAUACGCUAAGAAUGGCGACACAUGGCUGACAGAAGUACAAAACCAACUGCGGCACGGAGAGCUCUCGGAGGAUAGCCACGCUUUCCUGCACGGGAACGUGACCUCGGUCCCGGGAAGCUGGACUCAGGGACGCCCGGCCUGCGGUGCACGUGCGUGCGCAGCACUGGUGGGUCAGAACCCUGACACGAUUCGUCGGCAUGAGUGCGCGCGGUGCGCCGAGGAGCGUGUCUCCCGGCAGCUCGUCGCGCACGGACCAGCGGAUCCACGGUUCCAGGAAGCUUUUGCAAACGCCACCGCCAUCUUUGCCACGAAUGACGUAAAAUUCCACGUGAACAAACGUCGUGCUCUCUGCUGGGCGGCAGCGCACAAGGUUGUCGCGCACAUCGCCGUGGCCCGGGACGUGGCCUCUGCGACUGUCUUGCAAGACAAGACGGACCUCGCCGCGGAAAAGUUGCAGUGGCUGCAAAGACACGACCAAGAGUGUGGGGGUUUGUACGGCCUCUUACCUUUGUGUCUCGGCUUGCCCGUGCGCGCGACAGAUCACUUAGAUCGGCAACGUGGUAUUUUGAAAGGCUGCCGAGGAGUCGUGGUCGGGUGGUCGUCACCUGCAGAGGAGGUAGUUGGCGAAGGUGUGGCUCUCUGGAACAGAUUGCCCGAAGUCGUGUACAUCCAGUUUCAGACUGCCACGACAUGGCACAUUAGCGGGAUGCCAGACGCCAAUGUGUAUCCGGUGGCGCCAUGCAAACGAGUGUGGCUCCUGGAUCGCCAAAAGAAAUACCCGCAGUUGCGAGUUUGGCGCACGCAAUUUCCGCUCGCUCCCGCCUUUGCAAUCACGGCGCACGUUGCCCAGGGGCAAACCAUUGUAGAGGGCGUUAUCACCGACUUGAACAUCGGCCUCGGCGGGAACCCCUUUACAGCGUAUGUUGCUUUCACGCGUGUCCCCGGUCGACAGAACCUCCUGCUGUUUCGUCCAUUCGACGCGAAACCCUUCCAGCGCGGAAUCGGCGUUGGUCGGACGCUCUUGCUGCGACAUCUGCGCGGCGAAAAGAUAGAUUGGACCGCGCUGUUGAACAAAUACUGCGAAGAGCGGCAGUCCUGCGUUUGCCAGCAACGCAAACAAAAAGGGGCCUUUACGGUAGGGCAAUGGAAACGCGAUGAGGCGGACCGAGUUUGUCGUGAGUGCGGCCGACGCUAUGCCGACGCCGGCGCGCCGUGGCAGUGCUGUAUCUGCAAAGUCUGGCACGCCGAAGCCAAUUUUCCGCCGAAGUAUCACCGACCGCAGUGCACCUUUUACCGCGUGUGCCAGACGUGCGAGGAGCGGAAGCCGUGCGUUCGGUGCGCUGCGCGCAAACCUGAAGCAGCCUUCGGCCCCGCCGCCUGGAAGGCGCGCGACGUCGACCGCAGAAUUUGUCGCGAGUGUGCGCGUAAGGAGCGCGGCUUGUGGCAGUGCACCACGUGUAACAUGCGCAAAGAACUCGCCCAGUUUAGCGCGUGGGUAGCCAAACGAGCUGCAGGCCAAGAUGGCCAUCAAAUUUGUAACGGCUGCAACACCUUGCGAGUCGCAUGUCGAUACGCCGGCCGCACCAAUCAUAGACUAGCGCGCCUCCGCGCCCGCGCCGAGCAGGGACGUCUCCGCGCGGUACUCCCGGCGCUCCCCUCCGAUGCCACGGCCAGGGGGUCCGACCUCGACCGUCGCCGGAGGCUCGUGGCAUCGCCGGAAGUUUGCUCCCACCUGGCUCGCGCGCGUAAACUCUUGGCGGAGGAACACCGCCGCGGUCUGGUCGCCGAGGUUCGUGCUCAGAUUGCUUCGUUGGCGACGUCUGCGCUUGCGUUCCCGCAGACGCAGAAGGGCAGCCAGACACCCCCCGCCCACACAACCGCUAAGCCAGCGCCCACCUCGCCCGGCACCGUUGCAUUGGAAGGGAAACCUUCCUACACAUACGUUUGCCCAUUCUGCGCCCGACAGACGCAGAGUUCCAUCCACACCGGCCAGAUCGACCAUCGCCAAGUGUGCGGCAACCAGUUCCGCGUUUCCGACGGCCUCGUGCAAGGCCGCAAACACGCCCAUGCGUGUCCGAAGUGUGGGACGGUGGUGUUCUCCACGAAGGAGGUGGGUCGACUUCAAGUACAACACACACAGCCCAAUGGCAAACCUUGCCGCUGCUGUAGCUGGACGGUGCUCCAGAGAAAGUAG